UUGGUUUCUUCUACUCUAUCCUGAUUUUUAAGUAGGUGCAACCAGAGAGGAUUAAGAGACCAUCUGGGUCUGCUUUGCUGGGGCUUUAGCCUCAAUUCUAAUUCCAAUGGGGCGUAGUCUGAGAUGCCUCUCGGCAGGUAUUUAAUACUCUUCACCAAUGUGAGCGCUCUUUGGUUCAGAAAGGCAUGAUCUAUUCGUGACAGGACCAUAUGUGAGGUGGAGAAGCAUGAGUAUUGCCUUACUCCCGGGUGGUAAUGUCUCCAUGCUUCCACUAGGCCAGCCGCCUCUGUUAUGGCUAAUAGAUUGUGUGCGGGGGGUCGAGACUGUCCUUCCAUCUCUACGCAGCCUAUCCAUGCUGGGGUCUAUAAGGGCAUUAUAGUCUCCUAUAGCUACUACGGCAGCAUGGGGGAACUGUGCUAUAAAUUGGAUUAGUUGCACCAGACACUCAUCUGUGUAAGGGGGGGGUACAUAUAUAGAGGCAAGCACCACCUCUUGAGAUUGGAGGAAGCCAUGUAUAAAGAUGUAUCUGCCCUUUUUGUCUGUUUUGAUGAAUUCAAAUCUAAAGGGUACACUUUUAUGUAUUAGUAUUGCUACUCCAGAAGAGUGUGUGGAGUAUGGGGCUUGGUAGAACCAUCCCACCCAGGGGCACCUCAGAGCCUGUGCCCCCACCAAAUGGGUUUCCUGCAGUAGAAUUACCUUGGCAUUUGAUUUUUUGAGGUAGUCCAGUGUCAAUCUGCGCUUAAUGGGAUUAUUAAGGCCCCUGACAUUGCAGCUAAUACACUUUCUAGACAUUUAUACAUUCAAUAGCAUGUUGUGCAGGGUAGAACCAAUUCCAAUUUUCCCAUGUAUCGUACCUGAACAUUAAAUUAUAUGCGUAUGCAAACUUAUUAAAGGACCAGUAACAUCAAAAAUGUGUUAGUAUACUUCGAAAAAUAAACACCAUGACAAAUAAAACUUUAAAAUUACAAAGCCUUUAUUAAGCAAUAACUUACCGAAACUCCACGUCCGUUCUAGUUCAGAAAAGGCGACAGGGCGACCAUCCACUGUGUGGCGCUGGAUUUCUCCUCCCUGUCUAUCUCUCAUGUUGUACUUACAGCAUGUAAAGCGGCUGCUGCAUCAGGGAGCGCUAUAUUGUACAGAUCACCCCUGCUGCGGUGUAACUACCCGUUCCUGAGUACAGAGUCUCAGCAGGGGAAGAGGCCACCGGGCUGCUGCUACUGUCUGGGCCAUAAUCCCACUGCACGGGGCAGCUGAAGGAUCUAAACUCUAGUUCUGGGAGUUGCCCUCUACAUCGACCAGUUAUACAGGAGCAACUGGUAUCAAGUCCAGGGACUGAGAAGGGAGAUUGGCACUAAGGGCACCGACUGCUGGACUUCGCCAGUUCAGGGGGGUCCCGUGCAGGAAAGGAAAAAGACAGCGCACACUAGCUGCUUAGCGAGAGUAAUGCGGACUGAGAACCUGAGCCAGCGCUAACCCACUAAUCCUGCACCGUGUCUCCCACCUCAGCGACUCGGUCCAUGUUGAGCUCCCCACCAGCCCACUAAAUAGUGACUUUCUAUGGCAUCUUAUGGCAGCCCCUCUGGCAUUUGCCAGAACCCACAGAUUGCCAGUCCGGGCCUGGGUACAACCAUUGAGUCUCUGGCUGCCGCCAACAUGUGCGCCAAAUACGGGGAGACCGCUGGCGGCAGGGUGUCGGUGACAGAGAGCAGAGGAGAAGAGGAGCAGAGCCCGGAUGAUGACAGCGAUGGGCGCUAUGAGCUGGUGCUAAGAUCGGCUGAGCACAUGGCCUCCCAAGCAGGAAUGAAGCUGGAUGCCCCAUGCGCUACCGGAGGAGGCAAGAAGUCCAAGGAGCAGAGGACUCUCCGACUCAACAUCAACGCCCGGGAGAGGAGGCGAAUGCACGACCUGAAUGAUGCUCUGGAUGAUCUCCGCUUGGUGAUUCCCUACGUGCACAGCCCCUCGGUCCACAAGCUCUCCAAGAUGGCCAUCCUGCUCCUGGCCAAGAACUACAUCCUCAUGCAAGCCCAGGCGCUCGAGGAGAUGAGGCGGCUCAUGGCUUAUCUCAACCAAGGCCAGGCCAUCUCCGCUGGCACCUCCAUCCCCAACUCUGCAGCUGUUGCGCUGCACCCUCACUCACGAUGUGUAGAGUCAGCUCAACGUGGACCGAGUCGCUGAGGUGGGAGACACGGUGCAGGAGACGGGCGCUACUGCUGCUGCUUAGUGUCCCUUGUUCCUCUUCACAUGCUGCUGUCAGUGAAUAGCCAGGGAGGAGAAAUCAAGUGCCGAAGAAUGAAUGGUCGCCCUGUCGCCUUUUCUGAACAGGAGCGGAAGUGGACUUUUUGUGAUUUUAAAGUUUAAUUUGUCUUGGUGUUUUUAUUUUGUUGUAUUCUAACGAAUUUUUUAAAAAAAAUGUUUUGAUGUUACUGGUCCUUUAACCGUUAAGUAUCCUCCCCCUUCCCUUCCGCCCAUGUCCCCAACUUUUGGCAGAAUUUCUCCCUAACUAGCACAGCUAAACUGAGGCGUUCAUUCUUGCUGGGCCCCUUAGGGUCGUGAACUGAAAAACACAUAUCACCUGGGAACUGGUGAAUAAACAAGUGUAAAAGACUUUAAAGUUAGCAGUGCGCCUACUCGGUUCCAUGGGGUUAACAGCUAGUAUGUGAGUAUAGCUUUGAAGAGACAACUCAUAAAAUAGAUGGUAUGUACUGUCCCCUCAGUGUCCAAUCAAGUUCUGGUUGGCCUUGUUGGCAAUGAUAUCAGUUAUACAGAACAAAACAUUCAACAGGCCUUACUCACUGUACAUUCAUUUGCGUGUUGGGCGGCUCUUUCCUUUGGUCACGAGAAAAUGCUGCUGCUCUUGCCGUGCCUUAAGGUGUCAGGCCCGGAUCUUCUGUGUGUCCAGCCAGUUGCUGAGCUUGAGCGGCGCGGUGAAGAAUCGCGUCUGUCCCUCCAUGAUAACUCGCAGUCUGGCGGGAUACAGCAUCACGUACGGCAGGUUAAGGUCUCGGAGGCGCCGUUUCCCAUCCAUGAACUUUGCUCUUUGGCGCUGGACUUCUGCCGAGAAAUCUCCAAAUACUGAGAUCUUUGUGGCCUGGAAAGUAAGGGUGUCUUUCUUUCUCACCUGCGAUAGUAAGGCAUCCUGAUAUCUGGAGUUCAGUAAGCUCUCCUGUUCAUAUUCCGGUCUCUUAAUCAAAAUCAAUUUGUGGUUGCUAGGGUAAUUUAGACACUAGCAACCAGAUACUGCAAACUGGAGAGCUGCUGAAUAAAAAGCUAAAU